GGCGAGCGGGCUCAAGAUCUAACCCACACAGAUAUUUAUGUCGAGAAACCCUUGAAAAACCCUACCAAAAAAUGACAGCCCACGAAGACGAGGAGCAAGGCGAGGUAUUCUUCGACGAAUCCGAUAUAAUCGACGAAAUUGAUGUCGAUGAAGAAGAUCUUCCUGAUGCUGAAGAUGAUAUUGUUGAGGAUUCAGAUGAUUCUAUUCACAUAUUCACUGGCCAUACCGGUGAACUUUAUGCAGUUGCCUGUAGCCCAACAGAUCCGGUGUUAGUGGCAACUGGGGGUGGAGAUGAUAAGGGGUUCCUUUGGAAGAUAGGUCAUGCUGAUUGGGCUUCUGAGCUCCAAGGCCAUACUGAUUCGGUCUCUAGUUUGGCCUUUAGUCAUGAUGGGCAAUUACUUGCAUCUGGAGGUUUUGAUGGACUUGUUAAAGUUUGGGAUACCUCUGGAAAUCUCAAAAGCACUCUUGAGGGCCCUGGAGGUGGCAUUGAGUGGAUUAGGUGGCACCCUAAAGGACAUCUGAUCUUAGCUGGAUCUGAGGACUGCACUGUUUGGAUGUGGAAUGCUGAUAAUGGGAGCUGUCUUAAUGUAUUCUCAGGCCAUGGUGCCAGUGUAACUUGUGGUGAUUUUACCCCUGAUGGCAAAACAAUAUGUACUGGUUCUGAAGAUGCUACCUUGAGGAUCUGGAAUCCAAGAAGUGGUGAAAGCAUUCAUGUUGUAAGAGGUUAUCCAUAUCAUACUGAAGGAUUGACAUGCUUGUCUAUAAGUUCUGAUUCAACUUUUGCUGUUACUGGUUCAAAGGAUGGCUCUGUUCACGUUGUGAAUAUCACAACUGGGAAGGUUGCUAGUUCAUGGGCUUCUCAGACAAGUUCAACUGAAGGCGAUCCAGAGUCGAUUGAAUGCGUUUCAUUUGCACCAAAGUUCCCUUGGGCUGUUUCUGGUGGCAUGGAUCGAAACCUUACAAUUUGGGAUCUACAAAACUCAUCACCACGUUUCAUAUGUAACCACGAGGAAGGAGUGACAUGCUUAGCUUGGCUUGGAGCAUCUAAAUUCUUGGCUACAGGGUGUUGUGAUGGGAGAAUAUGCAUAUGGAAUUGUCUAUCUGGGGAAUGUGUCAUAACCUUCAAAGGGCAUGAACAUGCUAUCCAGUCUCUCUCUGUAUCUUCCAAUCUGGAAUUUCUCGUUUCUGUUUCCAUGGACAGCACUGCACGUGUAUUCGAAAUCAGGAACUUCCAUUGAUAAAAGUAAGCCUCCAAGAUCCUCACUUCUUGAUUAAUUAGUGAUUACUUUUUUUUUACGUUGUGGAAUUUGCUUACAAGUAUGUAUACUGAAAUACUUUGUAUUCUUUUUUUCUUUUCAAAUCUUUAUAAGUUGCGGGCAACAGUGAACAUUUAAAAGAAUAUCUCCUAAUUGUAAGCUUUUAUGAGUGCGUCUUUUGCAUCAGAUUAAAGAAAAUUUAAUUUUUACGAGUA